UUGGCACGCUCUGCCACAGCAAUCAAUCAUUUACCAGCUGGCGUUAUAACUCACAGUCGAUCUUCUCCGCCGUAUAGUUAACAAACCACCUCGCUCAAUCGCCAUGGCCGUCACCGCCACCACCGCCAUCGCCAACGGAGGGGAUUCCGUGCUCGGCGAGCACACCAAGGACGGCACCGUCGAUCUCAAAGGCAACCCCGCGCUGCGGUCCAAGCGGGGAGGGUGGACCGCCUGCUCCUUCAUCGUCGCGUACGAGGCGUUCGAGCGGAUGGCGUACUACGGCAUCUCCUCCAAUCUCAUACUGUACCUGACCAACAAGCUGCACCAGGGCACCGUCGCCUCCGCCAACAACGUCACCAACUGGGUCGGAACCGUCUGGCUGACGCCCGUCGUCGGCGCCUACGUCGCCGACGCGCACCUCGGCCGCUACUGGACCUUCAUCGUCGCCUCCAUCAUAUACCUCUCAGGGAUGUGUCUACUAACCUUGGCGGUGUCACUGCCGGCGCUCAAACCGCCGGCGUGCGGCCGCAACACGGCCGAUCCUUCUUGCUCCGCCAAGGCAACGCCGCUGCAUCUCGGAGUCUUCUUCUGCGCGCUCUACAUUAUCGCCGUCGGCACCGGCGGCACCAAGCCCAACAUCUCCACCAUCGGCGCAGACCAGUUCGAUGAGUUCCAUCCCCGCGAGCGCGCCCACAAGCUCUCCUUCUUCAACUGGUGGAUGUUCAGCAUCUUCUUCGGCACCCUCUUCGCCAACACCGUCCUCGUGUUCAUCCAGGACAACGUCGGAUGGACGCUCGGCUACGCUCUCCCCACCCUCGGUCUCGCCGUCUCCAUCUCCGUCUUUAUCGCCGGCACCCCCCUCUACCGCCACAGGAUCCCCGUCGGCAGCCCCUUCACCAAGAUGGCCAGGGUUCUGGUCGCCGCCGCCCGGAAGUGUACCGUACGGUCGCCCGGCGACCCCAGGGAGCUGCAUGAGCUCGAUCUCGACGCGUAUACGGAGCCCGGCAAAUAUCGCAUCGAUUCCACGCCAACUUUGAGAGUUCUGAAUAAAGCGGCGGUGAAGACCGGUGCGUCGAAUCCAUGGGCGCUUUGCACGGUGACACAAGUGGAAGAGACGAAGCAGAUGCUGCGCAUGAUCCCCGUCCUCAUUACCACCUUCGUCCCCAGCACAAUCAACGCCCAAAUCAACACCCUGUUCGUGAAGCAGGGCACCACCCUUGACCGCCACAUCGGCCCCAACUUCAAAAUCCCCCCGGCGAGCCUCGUCGCCUUCGUCACGCUCUCCAUGCUGGUCAACGUCGUCCUCUACGACCGCUACUUCGUCCCGUUCAUGCGUGGGCUCACCGGGAACCCCCGCGGUAUCUCGCUGCUGCAGCUCAUGGGCACGGGGAUGGCGAUCCACAUCGUGAUCAUGUCGGUGGCGUCGCUGACGGAGCGACGGCGACUGGCUGCGGCGCGGGAGAACGGGCUAGUGGAGAGCGGCGCCGGAGUGCCGCUCACCAUCUUCAUCCUGCUCCCGCAGUUCGCCCUGAUGGGGGUGGCGGACGCAUUCCUGGAGGUGGCCAAGCUGGAGUUUUUCUACGACCAGGCCCCGGAGGGGAUGAAGAGCCUUGGGACGUCCUACGCCAUGACCAGCCUCGGCAUCGGCAACUUCCUCAGCAGCUUCCUACUUUCCACCGUGGAACGCAUCACCAGGCAGCGCGGCCACGGCUGGAUACUGAACAACUUGAACGCCUCGCACCUCGAUUACUACUACGCCUUCUUCGUCGUGCUCGAUUUCCUCAACUUCGCCUUGUUUUGCCUGGUUAGCCGGUUCUACGUUUACAGAGCAGAGACGCAACAGGAGGCGGAUGCAUGAUGAGGGCCAAGGAUGCAUUGAUGUAAAACUUUUCCGUCAAUGGUUAAGAUCAGUGUGGCGCCGGGAGGAGUUUGGAGAA